CAUAUAUUUUAUUCAUCAAGUUGCCCUUUCCUUUUCCUUACAUAUACUUCUCAAAAAAUACUAGAAAAUGCACAUAAAUAUCCUCAAAAAAAAAAAAAAAAAAAAUGAUAACUUUACAUUCCCCAAAAAAGGAGGAAAUAAAUAAAUCCCCACAACUCAGCCAGCAUUAGGAAGUUACAAACCCCUCAUCUUCUCCAAAUCUCUCCAGCCUUCAAAUCUCCAUCAAAUCCCUAACCCUAACCAUGGAAGAGCACCCAUUGCCAAAAACCAAGCAAAUCAAACAAAUGCUCCAAACCGUCGUUCAGAAACUCGGAUGGACUUACAGUCUCUUCUGGAAGCUCUGCUCGCAUCAAGGGUUGUUGGUGUGGGGGGAUGGGUGCUAUAACGGGACGAUAAAGACGAGGAAGACGGUGCAGGCGACGGGCGGGGAGAGUUCGGAGCUGAUGGAGAUUGGGAGGAGUGAGGAAUUGAGGGAGCUGUUCGAGUUUCUGUCCGCCGGCGAGGAGUGUGGAGAGCGCCGCCGGCCGGGGCUUGCUCUGUUGCCGGAGGAUUUGACCGAGUGCGAAUGGUUCUAUCUGCUCUGCAUGUCCUUCACCUUUUCUCCGGGUUGCGGACUUCCAGGGAAGGCAUUUGAAACACAAAAUCAUGUUUGGCUUACAAGGGCAAAUGAUACUACCAGUCAAUUGUUCUCCAGAUCUAUCCUUGCAAAGAGCGCAGGCAUUCAGACGGUUGUGUGCAUACCGCUGACUAAUGGUGUUCUUGAGCUUGGAACCGAAGAAAUGGUAAAAGAAGACAUACAUCUCACACAGAAAGCAAGAGAUAUUUUUGUUGAUAUCCACAUCAACUCGCCUUCACCAGCACUCUCAGAGCACUCUACGUCCAGCCCAGCAUUGGAAUUUGAAACCUCGCCUUUGAUUCAUGGCAUGGAUGGACUCUGCCAGGAAACUGAAGAAGAAAUUUAUAAUGAAAAUGAAGAUUGGAACAAUGGAAACAGCACUGAAUCUGAAAUUAAGAAAGCAUUUUCCAAAUCAGAGCUUGAGAUUGGAAGAAAUGUUUCAGAGCAGACAAAUUUUCCUAGAAUGGUUGAGAUAGAAAGCAUGGAACUUGGUUUUGCAAACAAUGGUGCUGGCGAUUUGGAGAGGUCUCAGAUAGAAGUUCUGGAAGUGGAUCAGAGAUACAGAAGAGUCCAUUCUUUUGACCAAGAUGAUAAGGAGUUAUACUUAGCUUGGAACUUUCUGCAUGAUGGUCCGUGUAAUGAUCUUCAAUGUUCAUCAGUUAGCAUGCAGGUAACUGAGUUACCUCCAGAAGAUUUUCAUUACUCAGAAGGGAGCUUUAUUAGUCAACUUAGCUUGUCGGCAUUCUCCAAAUGGUUUAAUGAAAAUCAAAUAAUUACAGAGACCAGAACCUCCCAGAGGAUGCUGAAAGACAUUUUAUCCGUUCUCCCAAAUAUACACGACAAAACAUAUGUAAAUUCAGCUCACAUGAGAGGUAAAAAGAGUGGAAGCUGGAAGGGAAUUCUUCAAGAUGAAACAAAUGGAAACCAUGUGGUUGCAGAACGUAGAAGAAGAGAGAAGUUGAACAAGAGAUUCAUGGUUCUUCGUGCCUUAGUUCCAUGCGUGACAAAGUUGGACAAGGCUUCGAUCUUAGCUGAUACGAUCGAACAUGUCAGACAACUAAGACAACAUAUACACGAUCUCGAAUCUCAAAACAAGAAAACAUCAAAUUUGUUGGCUGUGAAAGUAUCAGAUUCCCACAAUCAAAUUAACUCACCAGAAAAAGCAACAAAAGUAUGGGGUGAUUCCAGCUUAGGAAUACAAGUUUCCAUAACUGAGUCCAAUGCUGUAAUAAGAUUGCAGUGUCAUUACAAGGAUGGAAUACUUCUAAAAAUUAUGCAGAAACUUGAUGAGCUCAAUUUGGAGACCACUUUUGUCAACUCCACAAUGGCUAAUGGCAAGUUUAUGGCAGAAUUUAAGACAAAGGUCAAAGAACCCUGUGGAAUGAGAGCCAGCAUUCGUGAAAUAAAAUGGGCAAUUCAUCAACUCUUAUCUCAUUAAUAUGUCUCAGUACAUGAGAUUUAAUAUAAUAUGGUCAUUAGAAACUUAUUUCUGCUGGCUUCCUUUUUGUAGACGAUGUUCUCAGACAUUUGUUAUAAGGAAGAUUUACAUACCGUUGAUAUUUGUAUCCAAUGUAGGUUGCUAUUGUAAAUAGAGGAAGUCAGCCCUUACCCUAACA